UAUUUGUGUUGUGUGGGUAUAGCCUACAUCAUAUUUACUUAUAUGCUGAUCAAAGAAAGCAAGCUGUGCGUGUUCGGGCUAUUCAAAAGUCUUUAUUUUAGCGCGCUUCCUCGUCGUGCCGGCUGCCUGGUGGUCGAGCAGGGGAACAGACGCGACGUCUUCUCUGUGCUCCGCCACGCCGCCUCACCUCUUUUCUGUAACGCGGACGAGCAAGAACUGAAAGCAACCGAGGACUCGGUUUCGCGAAUUAAGAAUAAAGAAACAGUAUCUGCGUGUAUCUCAGGCGCGCUGCCGCAUCGCAAAGAGAAGAGGACUGUUUUGUCUAUGAAUUUUAUUUUAUUUUAUUUUUAUUUUUUGCGGCGUUAUAGCCGUAGCCUGUUUAUCAAGGGCAUCGAUACGAUACUGUAAGCAUCAACGGUAACGCAUUCACGCAAAAGCGCUGAAAAUGCUCCAGUCCCUCACUAGCAAUUCGUGCGUUCGUUUGAUUCAGAGUAACAGAUCGGCGUGGUAUUUCUUAUUCUUGGUGUUGGGAUAUGUUCUGUAUCUGAUAUUCGGUGCCGUUGUCUUUUCCUCGGUGGAGCUGCCGUACGAGGAUCUCCUGCGACAAGACCUUAGGAACGCGAAACAGCAGUUUUUGCAGGAGAACAAGUGUUUGUCAGAAGAUCGCCUGGAGACGUUUCUAGCUAAAGCGCUCGAUGCCAGUAACUAUGGAGUUUCAAUUCUCAACAACGCGUCUGCGAACUGGAACUGGGACUUUACCUCGUCGCUGUUCUUCGCAAGCACAAUUCUGUCAACGACAGGGUAUGGGCACACCGCCCCUCUCUCAGAUGGAGGCAAGGCCUUCUGUAUCAUCUACUCGGUGAUUGGUAUCCCAUUCACCCUCCUCUUCCUCACGGCUGUGGUGCAAAGGAUCAUGGUCUUCAGUACACGGAGGCCCAUCAUGUAUGUGCACACUCGUUGGGGCCUGUCCAAACCCUUCGUGGCUCUGGUGCACGCCAACCUGCUGGCCGUCGUGGCAGUCUCCUGCUUCUUCCUCAUCCCUGCUGCCAUCUUCUCAGCGCUGGAGGGCGACUGGAACUUUCUGGAGUCCUUCUAUUUCUGCUUCAUCUCGCUGUCCACCAUCGGCCUUGGAGACUACGUCCCUGGGGAGGCGUUCAACCAGCGCUUCCGCGAGCUCUACAAACUGGGCAUUACUGUCUAUCUGUUGCUAGGCCUGAUCGCCAUGCUGGUGGUACUGGAGACCUUCUGUGAGCUGCAGCAGUUGAAGCAACUGCGCAAGAUGUUCUACCUGCAGAAGGAGAAGCCCGUGGACCGGCUGGCCAUCAUGGAUCACGACCAGCUGGCCUUCUCUGCCGUGGACCACACCGCAUCGCCCCAAGAGGAAAAGACCGAGCCCUUCGUCGACGUCCCCGUCCUGACCUCUCCGGGCGGCGACGAUCCCAUGAUUAGAUAAGCAGUUAAUCCCUUGUUGGCCACGCCCACUUCUGUGCUCGCAACACCAUGUAUGGCUGCUCUCCGGCUACUGCAUGCUGCUUAGUAGCUUGUCACAAAUGUGGUACUUUUCACAUUCCGCAACGUUCUUCUCUGUAAAAGCUGUAAACAAAGAAAACAAAGCAAACUAAAAACAAACAACCAACAACAACAAAAGCAGCAACCCUGGACCAACAUCAGCUAGUUUUUUGGCCAGCAAGACCAUUAUAUGCCCAGACCUCAGACCCUUGCUAGACCAGACUAUAAAGCUUUACCUUUUCACUUUAAACUUUGAGCUGUUAUAAUUCCUGCUCUCAAAAACUAAAAAAACAGACUGCAGUACAUGAAGCCAGGUUUCUUUUCAUAGGAAAAUGGAGAUACCUGCUACCCUUAUGUAGAUAUACAAUAAAAGCACCAAAAAAAAAAUGUAAUUGUAACAUAAAGGCAACCUCUAUUACACCUAAUUCUUAGCUUAGAACCACUAAGAUUUAAGUAAUCAUUGUGUGUUUACAUGAACACUUAAGUUUGGGUUCAGUAUAUUUCAGUUUACUGGAUUCAAAUCAUCAGUCAGUGUACAGUAUGCUGUGUUCUGUGUCCAUUGUUUCCAAAGUAGACUAGCCUUAGUAGACUAGCCAGGUAGGCUUCCACAGGCAUAAACAGACAGUUGAAUGAAGCUGACCAAAAAAAUGGAUUUUUGAACAGGGAAAGUAAAUGGUAUCAUGGUGGUAAAACUCUGUUAUCAAUCAUGUCACUGGGUGACCUCUCUUUUGGGUUAUAAGCUAUGAGUCUAUCGUGUUUAGGUACAAUCAACAGUUUCAGUGCAAUUAUUUUUCUAAAGGUCUGAGGUAAAGUUUCAGGAUAAGAGAAACAUAACUAAACUGAAACAUAACUUCUAAAAUGUGAUGUGAACUCAGAACUUGGCUGUUAUAGCUUAAAGAAAUGAAAGUAAUUGAAGAUACUUGUACCAUUGUUUACAAAUGUAUAUUUGUAAAUUCAUUUUACCUUGGACAAAGUGUAGAGAUAAAGGGAAUCUUUGUCAAUCUUCACAGAAUGCUGUUGCAGAAUGCUUGCCAAUUGUGUGAAAACUUUCAGGUGAAUAUUGUGAUGAAUUCAUAUCUGCUUUUAUUACCUUAGACUUAUCCAAUUUUCUGUGUGUUUUAUGUCACAGUUCACCGUAACCUCAAAUUAAGGGAUUAAGUUGUAAUGUAACAUUUAUUGUAAGAAUUACUGCCAGUGUUGGGGACUAGUUGUGUUACUAGUAACUAAGUUCUUAGGUCAGGCACACAUUCUAACAGCUUGUUUUGUUUUAACUGUUUCUGAUAAAUGUGUAGUUCAAUAGCAGUUAUGUUUUCGCAGUUGCAAAGUAGCUUGAUCCAUGUUAAUUGCUACAUGCGCUUGGUUUAAAUAAGGUGCCAGUUUUAUCAUAGGUUUUAUGUCGUAUGUCUGUUGUCCGGAGAUGUCCCAUGGUGAUGAAAUAGAUCAAUAUCUGUGUAUUUUUAACGGAUCAGUAUUGUCUACGUUGGAUCCAAUUAACUUCUAACAGUUUGUGUGUACAUAUUUACCUUGCUGAACUGCCAUAGUAGAUGUGAUGUAACUGAACAUAUCUUAUGGCAGUGAAGCAUGUUUAAAGUGAGGCAGCGGUUGCUACGUCGCCACCACAGCAUAACUUCUCUCCGAACUAACAUUUAAUUCAUGUAAAGGCAAAAAAAUAGCCUGUGCAGUCCAUUAAGUGAGUUUUGAAUUAUAUUACAAAAGAGUUUGGGACUUCUAAAGUGGGCCCGCAAAGCAUAUUUCAAUGGGAAUGAACUUGACAAACAAUACCUUUAUCACUUUGCUAAAGGUUGCUAAAAGUGAUUUUUUCAAAGACGAUUGAAUAGAAUAGAAACUGUGUGCUGUGUAAUAUGAGCCAUGCCAGCUAUAGCUAUCAAAUGCAGUCUAAUUCGCUCAUUUACACAGAGCCAAGCAUGCUGGGUGCUCGUUGUCCUCUGCAGUGUUCAAGGAGCAGUUCUGAGCAAGAAUGUGCAGUAUUUUUUAAAAACAUAUUGGACUUUCUAGAUCCACGAAGAGACUUACAUGUCUGUACUGGGAAACUAUUGUGUUUGUCUUACUAACUUUAAUACACUUGUUAUAUAUAUUAAAUAUUCAAAUUAAUUUUGAAUGAACUCAAAUAAGGAUCAGGGCCAAAGAAAAAAAAGAAAAAGAAAGCCUGAUUGGGACAUCUCUGUUUUAGGUGUUAAAAUUUCAUUCUGCUUGAACAGUCCCUUCACAGCAUCUAUUUGUUGUGCGCUCCCAUUACCAGACAUCGUCACAAAAGAAAAUUAUUUUGAUUGAGGUUAUCUAGAAAGCUCUUCUGUAAGCACGUUAGUUCUAGCACUGCUAACCGUUGGUCUGUAAAUUGUAAAUGGUGUGCUAUCUUACCUACGGCAAGGCACCACAGCACAGCAGCGAGCAGUAAGCAGCUUUGUUAGAAUACGUUUCAAUGGCUUUCCCAACACUGAUGACUAAUGCUUUGUACACAAGUCAGUCCCCAUAUUCAUCAUAUUGGCUGCAUGAGCUACAGAAUGCGUCUGAACUUUGUAUCAAUAAAACAUUUGUAUCGGUAUACAUUAAGUGAAAUGGGUUAUAGAUAUUAACAUUUUUAUUUAAUUGAAUAGUCUGUUUGUCUGUGUGAUUAGUGAACAAAUAAAUUACAAUAAAAAUG